UAUAACUCGCCUUUGGUUCCACUGCUCCUCGAUAACGGGAGCCAAUAAACUCAACAGAAGUAUCUGAACAUGCAGCAUUCUCAGAGAAGAGAGUCUUCAAGGGACCCUACCGCCGGAGCUGGUCAGGUUGCCUCAUCUACAAGAGCUUAACCUCACACGCAACUUCCUUAGCGGCACAAUCCCUCCAGAAUGGGGCUCCAUGAAACUUGCUACACUUGUACUCCUCGCAAACCGUUUAACAGGUUCAAUCCCAGUAGAGCUAGCAAACAUCUCCACUCUUCAGAUUUUGAACAUCGGUUUCAACCAAUUUUCGGCAAAUCUUCCUCCAGAGCUUGGGAAACUUCCCCAGCUUAAAAGACUGCAUCUUGCUUCAAACAAUUUUACUGGGGAAAUACCUGCAACGUUCGCUCAGCUAACCAAGUUGACCCAUUUUCGAAUUAGUGACAACCAUUUCUCUGGAAAGAUACCUGAUUUCAUUGGGAACUGGACGAAUCUGACCAGACUAGCAAUUGUCGGGAGUGGCUUGAGCGGGCCCCUUCCGGUUGGACUUUCUCUUUUAGCAAACUUAGUUGAUCUGAGAAUCAGCAAUUUGAAUGGACCUGUUUCGUAUUUUCCCAAGCUUAAUAAUUUGAUCGGGCUGAAAACAAUGGUUUUGAGGAGUUGCAACAUUGUUGGACAUCUACCUGACUUCAUUGGAGAUAUGCCAAAUUUGAAUGUUUUAGACCUCAGCUUUAACAAACUAUCUGGAGAAGUACCAUCCCGCAUCACAGGUCUAUCAAGAGUGCAAUCCUUAUAUUUAUCAGGAAACAUGCUAAGCGGACCAGUGCCUGCUUGGUUGGCAGUAGGUGGAAAUGAUGUAGACCUUUCUUAUAACAACUUCAGCGUCAGCAACUUGGAACAUUCACCUUGUGAGCAGCAGAAUGUGAAUCUGUUCGCAAACCCUUUAGAAGGAAACAGCUCUGGACUCAUCCCAUGCUCCAGAAGUUGUCCUAAAACUUACUAUUCAUUCCACAUAAAUUGUGGCGGAAAGGAAAUAUUUGUUGGAGGAAAAAAUUAUGAGGAAGAUAGCAACCAGGGUAGAGCAGCACAACUAUUCCUGAGUGAAAGAUCAAACUGGGCCUUCAGUAACACUGGUCACUUUCUUGAUGAUGAUCAACGUGCCUCACCAAUAUAUAUUGCACAAACUAAUUCUGAACUCUUUAUGGCCAAUUCUGAGCUGUACACAAGUGCACGCCUAUCUCCCAUUUCCCUGACUUACUAUGGUUUCUGUCUGGAAAAUGGUAACUACACAGUGAGCCUUCAUUUUGCUGAGAUAAUGUUCACCGCUGAUAAAAACUUCAGCAGUUUGGGAAGACGAGUAUUUGAUAUCUCUAUUCAGGGAAAACUGGUGCAAAAGGAUUUCAAUAUUGCAGCUCAAGCAGGAGGUGCUGGUAAGGCAGUCGUAAAAAAUUACACUGUUGCAGUUAACCAUACUGACUUGGAGAUCCGAUUAUAUUGGGCCGGGAAAGGGACAACUAGCGUGCCUCAAGGAGGAAUAUAUGGUCCUCUGAUAUCAGCAAUUGCUGUGGAUGCAGAUUUUGCCAUCCCAUCCGAAAGUGGAAGUCUUCCACCUUUAGGUGCUAUGAUUGCAAUUGUUGUUGUGGGAGCAAUUGUGAUGGUCUUGAUUUUGGGUAUACUUUGGAAGAUAUGCUGGUCCAAGAAAAAAAGUUCACCUGAUCCAGAACUAAAGGUUUUGGACAUGCAAGCUGGUUCCUUUACCUUGCGGCAAAUUAUGGCAGCCACAAACAACUUUGACAUCGACAAUAAGAUUGGAGAAGGAGGUUUUGGUCCUGUUUACAAGGGCUUCUUGUCAGAUGGAACCACAAUAGCCGUUAAGCAGCUUUCUUCUAAAUCACGCCAAGGGAAUCGUGAGUUCUUAAAUGAGAUCGGGAUGAUUUCUGCUCUGCAGAACCCUCAUCUUGUUAAGCUUUACGGAUGCUGUGUUGAGGGAAGUCAACUACUACUGGUAUACGAGUAUAUGGAAAACAAUAGCCUUGCCCGUGCUUUAUUUGGCCCAGAAAAUUGCCGGCUAAAUCUGGAUUGGCCUACAAGGAAGAAUAUCUGUAUCGGUAUAGGGAAAGGUUUGGCUUUUCUGCACGAAGAAUCAAGACUGAAAAUUAUUCAUAGAGACAUUAAAGCCACUAAUGUACUGCUUGAUAAAGAUCUUAAUCCCAAGAUUUCUGAUUUUGGUUUGGCCAAGCUUCAUGAGGAGGAUAGUACACACAUUAGCACCAGAAUAGCUGGAACUCGUGGUUAUAUGGCUCCUGAAUAUGCAAUGCAUGGAUAUUUGACCAAAAAAGCAGAUGUUUAUAGUUUUGGGAUCAUUGCUUUGGAAAUUAUCAGUGGCAAAACCAACACUACUCAGCAGUCAGAGGAAGAAUGUUUUUAUUUGCGUGAUUGGGCACAUCAAUUAAAAGACGCAGGCAAUCUAAUGGAUCUGGUGGAUCCAAGGUUGGAUGUGGACUUCAACAGAGAGGAAAUAAUAGUUGUGAUUGACGUGGCUCUCCAAUGCACUGAAAACUCUCCAUCACGCAGGCCUACCAUGUCUAAAGUGGUUGGCAUUCUUGAAGGCAAGCCAGUUGUUCAGGAGGUAGUCUCAGAUGAAAGCGAGAUUAUGGAUGACUUGAAAUUGGAAUCGACGAGUAAUAGCCUCCUGAAGAAUGAAGAAGCUGAUAAAGAUGAGACCCCGUCACUAAAAUUGUCAACCCAUAUGUCUCGGACUGCAUCUAAAUCCUUCUCAGAUCUCUACCCAGUCAAUCCAGAUUCUUAUUUCCGGGAGAAAACAAAUUAGCUAUUCUAAACAUGGCCUCCUUAUAUCAAACAUAUUUGUCUUGCCAGCUUGAUUUAUACCAGACAUGGUUGUUGUUUAAAUUCAAUUAUCUCGCGAUGCCACCCUGCUAUAUUUCUUCGAACUUGAUAAGUAUCUGGAACCAGGAGACAUGGAUUGAGUCCGCUUGUGGCCGGUUUAAACUGUGGAAUUGUUAGUCUUGUUUACGUUGUCUGUUCUCUUUUAUACAGUUCUCUUAUUUAUAAUGUUUGAUGUAUGAAACAUGUUUUUGUGAGUAAUUUUUAUGAUGUACCAAGCGCUACCAA